AAUCACCUCUGGGUUUUUUAUUUUUUCCUAAACCAAAAACCACAGACAAUUUUGAAAAAAAAAUGUUUCUUAGUUUUUGUUAUAAAAUUUUGUAAAUAAGUGAUUUUUCUCCUUCACUGAUGUGCGCUGAGGGUGCACUGAUGGGCACUGAUAGGUGGCACUGAUGAGGAGGCACUGGUAGGUGGCACUGAUGCAGCACUGAUAGGGGGCACUGACUGGCAGCACUGAUUGGCAUUGAUAGGUA